AUGGCACCCACAAAGGCCCAGAUUGCAACGCGGACGCCGGCGAGUCAAAUCACCGGUGUGGGAGCGCCAUUGGCGACUGGGUAUGCGACGUACGGGUGCAAGCACACGCGUGCGGCUCUUCACGAAUCUACUAAGCGGCCGCAGAUCUUGCGGGCAUACGAGCUAGCGGUACGGUUAUGUCUUGCGCGGGCGCAUGCCUCAGCUAGGGGGGCAGUGACUGGGGCCAGUGGAAGUGUAGGAGCUAUUGUUGGGGCUGCGAAUGUUUCAGGACGGGCCAACGGGUCUAAACGAAAGGCAGGUGGGGAAGGAGGUGGUACUGUGCCGAUGAAGAAGACUAAAGUUAAGAAAGGAACAGCGCAAGCCAAAGCGGCGGCAGCAGCACAGGCCAAAGCAGCAGCAGCAGCACAAGCUAAAGCAGCAGCAGCAGCAGCAGCAGCAGCAUCGUCAAGUAAUACAGGAUCGGUAGAUGAUACGGAGGAGGCACGGAUUGGACGGCGGGCACUAGGGCUCAAGUGUAGGGAAUGUGGAGCUGGGGGGUCUGCGAUACUUUGUUGUUUGGAGUGUGCAUUUAUUGGGUGUGGAACACAUUGGCGGGAGCAUGCUGGGCGGUCGAUGCAUGCUCUUGCGGUUGAUCUUGUUGCAGGUGGCGAGAGUAUGUUAUUUUGUGGCGGGUGCGGGGACUAUGUUUUUGAUGCGACGUUUGAGGCUGUUCGGGUGGAGAAGAUCCGACAACACUUGGAGCGAGGGAUACGGAGGCUUCCUGGGGGGUCUGUAUUACGACACGGCCCAUUGUCAUUAGCUCGAGGUGCUGGGCUCCGGACGGGUAAGGUGUUGGCUAAGGAAGAAGAUGGGGGGUCAGCUAUUGUUGAUGAUGAUGAAGAGGAUGAAGAGGAAGAUGAAGAAGAAGAAGAAGAAGAAGAAGAAGAGGAUGAGGAUGGUGAAGGUGAAGUUGAUGAAGAGGAAGAGGGGAAAGAAGGCGGGUUGAUUAGCAAGCAACGAGAGAAGCGUCGGGCGGUUCGGUACUUGAGAGAGUUGGGGCCCGGGUACUCGAUUGUUCAGAAUAAGGCAUUAUUGCCAGCCUAUCAGGCGACGUCAGCAUUACGGGGGUUCUACAAUAUGGGGUCUACAUGUUUUAUGUCUGUGAUAUUUCAGGCGCUUGUACACAAUCCACUUGUGCGCAACUUUUACUUGUCAGGGGGCCACGAGCGGGGGUUACGGUGUGGAAGCCAUGUGAAGGGUGCUAAUGGAUCAGGAUCAGGAUCAGGAUCAGGAUCAGGAGGAGGAUCAGGAGGAGGAGAUGAUAAGGGAGAUGGCAAUGGCAAUGGCAAUGGUAGUGGAGAGAAUGGGAAUAGUAGUGGGUCAGGAUCUGGGUCUUCAUCUAGUGGUGGUAGUGGGGAUACGAUGAGUGAGGAGGGUGUUGGGAGCAAAGGAGGAGGGAGCGGGAUUGUUCCCAACAAGGCGGUGAUUGAUCCGAACGUGUCGAUGAACUGUUUGUCGUGCUCGCUGGACGAGGUUUUCACUGAGUUUUUCACGUCGUCAUCUGUUGCAGGGUUUGGGCCGACGGAACUUUUGACGACGGCUUGGCAGAUUAAGCGAUCUUUGGGGGGGAACACUCAACAAGAUGCGCACGAGUUUCUGCAAGUUGUUUUAAAUGAAUUACAUGCGUCACAUUAUGAUUCUUUGGUAUUUGCGCAGGGCACACGAGCUGCAUUACGAGAGAUUGGGUUACCUAGGGGGGUUGAUGUUCCAGAAGUGAUGCGGAAAGUUGAAGAUGUACAAAUUCAAAAGUGUGGGUGUGUUGCACAUCGGACAUUUUGUGGAGAGUUGGAGAGUCGGAUAGUGUGUCAGGAAUGUGGGACUGUAUCAAGUACGGUUGUUGAUCCGAUUAUGGACUUGUCAUUAGAUGUUGGAGCGGCUGUUGUUGCCAAGAGUCGUGCUGAAGUGGGGGGAGGGGGUAUUGGAGGAGGUAUUGGAGGAGGUAUUGGAGUAGGAACUAAUGGAGGAAUUGGUGGAGGAAUUGGUGGAGGAACUGGUGGAGGAGUAGGAGUAGGAGUUGGAGUUGGAGUCGGGGUUAAGGGGAAAACACCGGAGGGUAGCAAUAGUUCGAGGGCUGGGACACCUGGGGAAGUUGGAGGAUCAUCAUGUUGUACAACAUUGGAGGAAUGUCUUGAUCGGUUUACGAGUGGGGAACGGUUAGAUGCUACAUUUACGUGUAGUGGUGCAGCUUGUGGUGGAGCACGGCGACAGAUUGAAAAGACGUUACGAUUGAGACGAGUUCCUGCAGUUCUUGCGAUUCAGUUGAAGAGGUUUUCGCAUACUGGGGCGUCCGCCAAGAUUGAUACGCAUGUGAAGUUUCCUCUUGUAUUGGAUAUGGCUAAAUAUACAGUUGGUAGAAAUGUUGAUGAGGAGGAGAAGGAGGAGGAGGAGGAAGAGGAGGAAGCCGAGAAAGGCCAAAAGAGAGAAAGGGGAGAAAAAGGACAAUUACUUUAUGAGUUGUUUGGGGUUGUUUGUCAUCAGGGCUCGCUUAACACUGGGCAUUAUACUUGUAUGAUGAAGACAAGUAGUGGUAGGUGGUUCCACUUUGAUGAUGCGAUGGUGACGACGAUUGGGAUAUCGCAAGUUCUUGAAAAGAAGGCUUAUUUGUUGUUCUACAUUGUACAGGAAGUUCCUUCGGUAGUUUGA